AUGGGCAGGCUCAUCAAGAACCACUGGGGGAGGUUAAUCAUUCUCACCGCAGCAGCUUAUCAGGUUGCCAGCGCUAUUGAGGCCUUCAUAUGGCCCAAGGUAUUCUGGGACUUCAUCUCCAGGAACCUCGAUGCGGCCGUCGCUCCGAUACCCGUUCUUCAAAUCCUAAACCUCAUAAUGGGCCUCGUCGGCCUAGCCUGGGAAUGGCCUCUCAAGCCACUUGCUGGCUCAAUACCACACCGCAGCAUCGAAAUUCGUCUCAUCGUAUACCCCCUCAGCGCUCUCCUCGCGGCGCUUCUUUAUCAAGGCACAGACCCUGCAAUAUAUUAUUUGAUUGGCAUCGGUGUCUAUUUCUGGGCCUAUAGUGAAGGCGAGAUGUCCCCACCUACAGGAAUCCAACCCAAAGUCGAGGUCGAGCUCACCCUCGAACCAAUGGACGAUGUCCCAGUCAACAAAAUCACCAGCUUCAAUGGCAGGCUCCAGCAAUUCAUGCAUAACGGGACCACGCACUCAUCCCCGAGUGCCUCGAGCACUAUUUCGCAACCCACCAAUUCCGAACAUAAACCACAAAUUAGCAAACGUGAAACAGAAACCAUAAUCUCCAGCCCAAGACGCAAGAAAGCAACCUCGCGCACAGCAUCACCAGCAACCACCACCCAACGCACCACCCGCUCACAGUCGAUAAUGACAACUCCAUCUCCCGUCUCAACAAAACGCAAGCGCAUACGAACACCAAAGAUCCCAUCCACACCCCCACUCGCCAGCCCGACAGAAUCCCUCCUACGCGACACAAUCCCCCCAAACCUGAUCCUCCUCCUUGUAGGCGUGAAUCCGGGCAUAAUGACAGGGAUAACGGGACACGCCUACGCCCACCCAUCAAACCUAUUCUGGAAACUGCUGUAUUCGUCGGGUAUAACAAGUAUCCGUCAUAUACCUGCCGAUACAUACAAGCUGCCUGCGCUGUACAGCGUGGGGAACACGAAUAUUGUGGAGCGGCCGACGCGGGAUGCGAGUAUGCUUAGUCGGGCGGAGAUGGAUGCCGGUGUACCUGUGCUUGAGGCUAAAAUUGCGGCGCAGAGGCCGGAGGUUGUUUGUCUUGUUGGGAAGAGUAUUUGGGAGGCUGUUUGGAGGGUUAGACAUGGGAGGGGGAUUCGGAAGGAGGAGUUUCGGUAUGGGUGGCAGGCGGAGACGGAGAAUAUGGGGCGUUGUGAUGGUUGGGGUGGUGCGCCUGUUUUUGUCGCUACGACGACUAGUGGGCUUGCGGCGGGGAUGAAGCCUGCGGAGAAGGAGGCUGUUUGGGCGGAGUUGGGGAGUUGGGUUGUGAGGAGGAGGGCAGAGAGGGAGCAGAGUUCUGUGGUUGUUAAGGAUGAGGUUGCGGUUAAGGACGAGGUGGUUGUUAAAGAUGAAGUUUGA